UGCGCGGUCGUGACUGACAUCGACCGCUGUGGCGGCGUCGACCAUGUGCCAGUGCAGCUCUCGCUCGAAGGCCGCAGGCACUGCGGCAACCGCGGCGCCAAAGGCAGGGCUCUCUUGGGCGCGAAGAAGAUGAUGUAUGCCGGGUUGCGGAACAAGUUUCGUCGUGAGAUCCGCGGGAAACAGCCGGGUCAUUGGGGGGUCGACGUCAACGCUGAGGCUAUGAACGUCGCCGUGAAGAUCUACAAGAAAGCCAUCGCCGACGUAAAAAGGAGGAACGGCAAAGGCCUGGCUGAGCCUGCCAGGCGCCUUCCCAAGGAGCUCGACAUCUACGCGAUGCCUGGCGUGCCAUGGCCAGACACAUGGGCCGAUGCCUCGGCCGAGCAGACUGCUGCAGUCGAGGCUUGUCACUGGUUCAUGGCAGUUACCAAGCCUAUCCUUGCAGACCAGCUCCGCAAUGAUAAGAAAGCGUAUCUUGCCUCCACCACCGACGACAUGAACGCAUCCGCGGCGUGCCGCGACAGCUCCAAGGAAUGGGGGCACCUACGACGACACCUCAGGUUCGGAGGGCGACCAUCUCGCAGGUUCAAAGGCGGAAAGCUACUACCCAUGCAGCGCGACUUGAAUGACCGGGUCAUCGCUGCGGACGGGAGUCAGGCGGCAGAUGCUUUCGCGCACUCUGCUCAGGCGGAGGGCGCUCACAAGCUCGACAGGGCUACCGGCUGCCAUCGCUACAACGCCGCGGCACACGUGGACGCCAAGCAG